ACACGUCCUCGGUCCAGGGACAACGAGGGCACAAACAAGUCGGGGCGACAUCGACAACGCGCGUCUUCUCAACGAGAUACUUCUUUGCAAUAAUGUCAUAGAACCAAAAGUUUUUUUUUUUUUAUUCCCAAUGUUCCGGAUACCUCAUGGAUCAUUGGUAUGGAGACGUGUGUGCGGGAAGCCGCCUGCACGCUUCCGAGUGCCCAUGCACGAGAAACAUAUGCCAUCAAAGGUCACAUUUCGCCACCAGUGACCGGGGAUUGUGUAUACUCUCACAUCAUCAUCUCGCAGGCAUGUUCUGCUAUGUACGGCUGGAUGUCUUGCGAGCUAAAUGGUUAUCGAUUUCUGUCUUGGACCGAGGAUGCCAAUCUUCUGAAAGAGCUUAUGCGUCGAACCAGCGUAUACGAGACUCUCUACGAUGGAGGAUCUAUGACAUCCCAUACUCGGCAAGAAGGAAAAGAAAAGAUAAACCAUCCAUUCGGCAGCGCAACCGUGCUCCAGUCUCCAUCUACAGACACCUCUCUCUCGCCACGAAUACACGAAGAGUCACCCGCUCCCCCUCAUCCCUUUUCCGUUCGCCUUUCCAAGAGACUCUUCUACUCGUGAGUCAUACUCGUACUCAGAGGGCUAGGUCAAAGCCACUAUCAAGGUUCCCAACAAGCGACCUAGAGAACGUGGGAAAUGUCUGCUAACGCAGACCACACAAACCGCCCCCAUCCACUCCCUGCUUAUUGCCGACCUCGUAUCUUGUUUAUCCCUGUAUAUACGAUCUCCCGUAAAAAACACUGUAGUUCUCAUCCCACCAAAUUUCG